AUGGGCUCUGUGAAAUCUCGAGGCUCCAAGGCAGAAGCCCAGGUGUUGAUGAUGGGUCUCGACUCUGCCGGCAAGACCACGCUCCUGUACAAGCUGAAAGGUCACCAGCCUGUGAAGACCCUGCCCACAGUUGGUUUCAAUGUGGAGCUUCUAGAAGUGCCGGGUCAUAUGUCUCUGACUCUCUGGGAUGUGGGGGGCCAGAGUCAGCUCAGAGCCAGCUGGAAGAACUACCUGGAAGGUACGGACAUCCUCAUCUAUGUGUUGGAUAGCACCGACAAGGUUCGCUUGCCUGAAGCACUGGCUGAGCUGACUUCUGUCCUGGACCACCCCCACAUGGCCAGUGUCCCUUUCUUGGUGCUUGCCAACAAGCAGGAGGCACCUGAAGCUCUGCCACUUCUGGAGAUCAGAGAUAAGCUGAGCCUAGAGCAAUUCCAGGGCCACAAUUGGGAGCUCCGGUCCUGCAGUGCUCUCACUGGUGUGGGGCUGCCUGAGGCCUUGCAGAGCCUGGGAAACCUCCUGAAGUCCCGAAGCCACCAUGUGUCCAGGUGA